AUGAGUGAUUUUUGGAACAAAAAUAAAGGCUCCAUUAAAUCAGGAUUAUUAACUGCUGGAAAAUAUGGUUAUCAGGGAACUAAAUAUGUUGCCAAGACUGGUUAUCACCUGGGUAAAAACCAAUAUAAUGCUCAUAAAGGGAAAGGUCAGAACAACAACAAUAACACUGAUUCUGAUACAGAGAGAAAUGACGCAGUAUCUAUUGACAGACUAAGUGAUCCGAAAAGUUUUCCUGCUCCUCCAUUGAGACAAGGUCAAAAACAAUAUGCUGGUAAUGGAAAAAUAGUCAGUGCAAACGAAGCACCCAUAUUAAAUAUUCCACCUGGAACCCAAGCGGUCAAUCAGCAAACAAUAGCUGCUAACAAUCAAUAUCAGAACCAGCCACAACAAAAUUAUGUUAAUUACCAAUACAAUACUACAGAUACUUUGCAAGUAAAUGGUUACCAACAACAGCAGAACUUAUCGCAACCUCUUUCUCACAAUAUUACUCCUCAGAAACCUAAUGAUCAAUAUAUUGCACAAUAUAAUGAAGUUCCAAUAUCCUCACAAAAUUAUGUCUCGACAGCAAAUUUUCAAAAUGGCACACAAAAUCAACAAUUAGGAAAUACUCCAUUACAAACUCAAUAUAUGCAAGCGACUCAACAAUUCAAACCCCAACCUUUACUAAAUGAAAUACAAAGGCCUUUACCUGUUCCUCCCCCAAGACCUCCAAUACCAGUUAGACAACAAACUAAUAACUUCGAGAGGUCAGAAUCUAUUAAUUCUACACCAUCUAGUAUAGGCCCUCACUUUGAGGUCACACCAUUUAAUAGAGAAGAAUAUGAAGAGAAGAAAAAGCAGCCAGCCAUUAUCUUACCAGAAGUAGACCUAAGUAAAUUUGCUCCACCACCAAUGCAUAAAGACAGAAGUAAUGCUGACUCAUCAACAGGAAAUUCUCCAAGUAUUACAGUAAAACAUUCUCAAAGAGAUACUCCUUUCAAUCAAUCAUCAAAUAAUAUAAUUUCUUCCUCUCCAGAAAUAGGUCAGAUUGCGACAACAACUAAUGCUGAAUUUUCUCAAACUUCUACAGUUGAUAUGUCUGAAACUUUAACAUCACCAAACAAUUCUGUAGAAAAUAUAGAACAAAAUAAGAAAGAAGAAGAAAAGGUAAAUAACACUGUUUCAGGUACUUAUCAUGAACCUAUAGUUAAUUUUUCUCCACCUCCUCAGCCCCAUAGACGUAUUGACAAUGAAGGAAGUAGAUCAGUAAAUAGUAGUUAUUCUCCACAAGUAUAUUCCCCUGCUCCUAUUGGUAACCAUCAAUCAAUAAGUCAACCACCGCCAUUGUUACCUAAGAGAAAUAUAAACAAUAAAAAGUCAGAAGACAAUUCAAAUCAAUCUAUGGAACAAAAUAUAGAGGAAAACAAUUUAGGAAAUGAUGAUAUGCAAACUAAUAAUCCUAUUACUGGGGUCUAUACAGCAAGAAAUGUUAAGUUUCAGCCACCUCCAAAACCGUUUAGAAGAGAUUCUAAUGUGGGAGAAAGUAGGACAUUGACUAGAAAAUCAUCUUCAAGCUAUGCUGAGUCUUUUCCUGCACCAACAUUACCAGAAAAACAUAAACAAAGUACUUCAAUAUCAAACGAUAAAAAAUCUGUUAUCAAUACAGGAGCAAGCUACAUAGAGGAGCCCUCAACCAAAUCAAUAACUCACCCAAUUUCAGAGUUUGAACCACCACCAAAACCUUUUAGAUCAAAUACCUCAAAGAAUAAUGUACAGGAUAAAUUAGAUGAAAUACAUGAACAUGAACAAAGUGCGAGUCAUUAUAACAAUCUUUCCAAGCCACAGUCUCGUUCAAUACUUUCAUUUAAUCAUAAUGAUACAAUAAAUCUAAGUAAUAAACCGAAAGAAGAAACAAUACCGGUUCAGAAUAUAUCUUCACAUUCUAAUUCUCCUAGUAACCCAUCUAAUACUUUUAUUCAAGAGUUAAAUUCAACAAUAACCAACAUGUCAAUUCAUGAUACUAAAAAACAUAAAAGUACACCACCACCUCCAGUUAAGCCUAAACCUCAGGCAUUGAAUAAAAUUUUGUUUGAAAAGGCUCAUUCGGCUUCUAUAUUAAAAAAUUAUUCUGAAGCAAGCAAAAAGCAACCUCCAGCCGUUAAACCCAAACCAAAAAAUCUUGACAAUAUAUUGAACAGCAAUGAUGCCACUGAUGAAACAUCCAUAAACAGUUUGAAGACUAAUACAUCCAAUUCUAUAGUAGAUCAUCCACAUAUAGAGAGGGCUGCGAAAGAAUCAAUUCAAACCCCUUCCCCACUAAUUAGAGAACAACCACCAAUUCCUCCAAGUAGAAGAGUACAGCCACUAAUCCCACAAAAUACAUGGAAACAACCUCCAAUUCCCAAAUACCAUAAUGACACAUUUGUUCCUACAAAUCGAAGAGCCAGAAUGCCUUUACCAAAUGAGAUUGAUAAUGGUUCAAGAGAAAGUAUAGGUUCUCAAAGUAAUGAUGAUGACAUAAAUCCAUUUGCAAUUUAUAAAAAAGAAGCUGUACCAGCUUCGCAUGAUAGAAUUCAUACUAAUUGA